AGCCUCAGUUACCCCGCGUUUAUUCGCGUAAACUAGAGCGCUCAUAGCGCUCAGUGAUUUUUUAGUUACUCGGCAGACGAGGGAGGUCACGAGCAAGGAAAGACUCGAGGAUCGCGAUCCAUAUAGGACUCGCGACCUGGAAGUCCUUCCUGAGUCCAUGCGGAAGCACGUGGCCUAAGGUCAAGUGCAGUCGGAGGGAUGAGCAAAGGUUGUGGAGUUUGUGGGAUUUAUCCCCGAUGGCUACGAGAUCGUGCUACCCCAAAAAAUUUCAUCGCCGUGUACGGGCUCCUCGGUACUGUACAGGCGAUGGCUUUUAUUUAUAUCGUCGUCACUCUCACAACCUUGGAAAAGAGAUUUAAGAUACCUAGUCGGACAACUGGAUUAAUCCUUUCUGGCAAUGAGAUCUCUCAAAUUUUAUCUCUGAUAUUAACCUACUACGGAGGUUCUGGUCACCGUCCAAGAUGGAUCGCGGUUGGUGUCGGUCUUAGUGCCUUCUCGUGCCUAGUCCUCGCUCUUCCACACUUCUUGUACGGACCAGGACGAGAUGCUUUGGCAUUAACGAAGGAAUACCUUGACCAAACUCUGCUGAACGCAACCACAGUACCCCAAGAUCUAGCAAUUUGUCCACGCGUCAUCAAACCAGACCAUUGCGACGAGGAAACGCUCUUGGAUGUCAGCAUUCUUCCACGACUCUUAGUCUUCCUCUCUCAGUUUAUCCUUGGAAUCGGUACCACCCUCUAUUACGGUCUUGGUCAGACGUACCUAGAUGACAAUACCAAAAAGAAGAAUACUCCGAUGCUUCUAGGUUUUACCUUUGCUUUGAGAACUGUUGGGCCAGCAAUAGGAUUCCUACUGGGUUAUGGUUGUCUCAGUUUGUACAUAGAUCCCAGUUUACAUCCUGUGAUUACGAAAAAGGAUCCACGCUGGUUAGGUGCAUGGUGGCUCGGUUGGAUUAUUCUAGGCGCCACUAUGGGCAUGUUCGCUAUUCUAAUAGCAAUGUUUCCACGAAAUUUACCGACAGAAACAAAUACUACAAUCGACACUGCCAAGAAGGAUGGUAGUAUUCCAUUGAAAUUGCACCUAACUGUGCAAGAGCAAUACAUGAAGCCGAUGGAACCAAGAAAGUCUGUAGAAAGUGAAUAUAUUCCAACUAUGCGUGAAUUUCCGAAAGCGAUGAAGAGGUUGCUAACAAAUUGGCUGUUAACUUUCAAUAAUCUAAGCGGAGUGUUUUACGUGUUAGGUGCUUCGGCAUACAUAACAUUUUUGGCGAAAUAUCUUGAGGUUCAAUACAGCACAUCUGCUGCUGGUGGUACUGUGAUUGCAGGUCCGAUAUCGCUUGUUGGUAUGGUACUAGGAUUUCUGCUUUCUGGAUUGAUCAUUAGCAAAUUUAAACCUGGUCCUAGACCAUUGUUAGCGUGGAAUGUGUUUGUCGGUAUUUGUUUCGUCGCUGGUCAGAUACUCUUUAUAUUUCUUGGUUGUUCCGAUACCGGCAUUCAGGGUCUCAACUUAGAGACUAUGCAGAUGAACCUAACAUUUAGUUGCAACACCGACUGUAACUGCGAUGGCGUUAAAUAUUCUCCAGUUUGUCAUGUAUCAUCAAAGACGACCUUUUUCUCUGCUUGCCAUGCUGGUUGUCGAACAAUAAUUAACGACAAGGAAUUUGGAAACUGCAGUUGUCUUCCUUUACUGAGCACUCCAGAUCUCGAAAGUCAUUUCGGAUACACUACCGAUUACAAUUUGAGGAAUCAAUCGAUCUACGUGAACGAUCCACAUACGAUGAAUUUUGACAAAGUCAGAGCUGGACCAUGCACGAAUGACUGCAGCCGCCCUUAUCUUUUGUUCACGGUGCUCACUUGUGUCAUACAAACGUUAGCGUGUUCCGGAAAAAUCGGCAACGUGUUGGUCAAUUAUCGCAGCGUCGAGAAGAAGGAUAAAAGCUUCGCGCAGGGUAUUACGCUGAUGAUCAUUUCCAUGUUUGCAUUGAUACCGGGCCCGAUUAUUUACGGGGCCAUUAUUGACUCGACUUGCUUGAUUUGGGAGGAGUCUUGCGGAACCAAAGGAAACUGCUGGUUCCACCAUGGAAGAAACUUCCGGUAUUUAGUUAAUAUAACGUCAGCUGGAUUCUCCAUAAUAGGAGUGUUUUUCGAUGCAGCGGUUUGUUAUCUCGGGAAGAAUUUGGAUCUUUACGGCGCCCAAGAAAGCGACAGACACUGCGAAUUUAUUCGAGAGGACGAGGCGUCACAAACUGCCGACGGUGAGAAGAAGAAGGAAAUGAACGGAAAUGUAAACUAAAAGACGAGCAAUAAUCGUUUCUAUCGAUUACAAGUCAAAAUGUUCCACGUAAAACACUAGGUUUUGUUCGUUGUUAUGUAAAUUAAACAAAUUUUCGUACUCAAUAUCGACAAUUAGAAUGACAUUAUUUAACAUAUCAAAUUGCAUAGGGGUAUCUUUAAUAAAUUUCGCGUGUCCUAUCGAAUAGUUAGUUAAAAAGAUCGACUGUAAAUUAAAGUAAAAUUCAAAGCAUUUAAAUAAUGUCGAUGUUUUUAUCUUUUUUAAAUUACAUUCCAGACUGCUAAAAUAUUUGCACGAUUGUACAGCGUUAUUCCUAUCUAUUUGUAAAUAAAACAUGAGUUUUUAUUAAA